AUGAAGCCCAAGCACGGGCAAUGUCUCGAUGCCGAAAGACAAUCCAUCCAACACGGUGACCUGAACUGCCUGGAAGGACUCAACUUUCAGCCAGAGGGCACACGCAUGCUGACACCUCUCCAAACUAUAUCCGCCAGCUGGAUUAUAUGUGACAGCUGGGCGGGUGUUGCUGCCACGGUGGCUCUUGCAAUCGUCCAGGGCGGGCCCGUAACUCUGGUUUAUGGGUUGAUUCUGAUCUUCUUUUUGGUCGGUGCCUGUACCCUGACCCUGGCGGAGCUAGCAAGCGCCUAUCCAACAGCUGGUGGGCAGUAUCAUUGGACGAGCAUUUUGGCUCCCAGACCGCUCAGUCGACCAUUGAGUUAUUGUUGUGGUGUCACCAACAUGCUUGCCUGGAUCGCUAUCUGCACCGGGAUUGCAAUCAUUCCAGCACAGCUCAUCCUCGGGAUUGUCCUCUUCUUUGACUCGGAGUAUCAAUCGCAGCCGUGGCACUACUUUCUAAUCUACCAAUCCAUUAAUGGGCUGGUCCUAUUGUAUAAUGCAACCUUACUGAAGAAGUCACUCUGGUUUCAUGACGUAUCCUUCUUUGUCACCCUCACAAGUUUUGUCGUGAUCAUGGUGACGUGUCUUACUCGCUCGGCGUCCCAGUUUGAGGCAUCAGGUACCGUAUGGACAACCUUUCUUAAUGGCAGCGGAUGGAACUCGGGUGGAGUGGCCUUUCUCACGGGGCUUGUUUCUCCCAACUACAUGUACGCAGGUAUUGAUGGUGCCUUGCACUUGGCAGAAGAGUGCCGGAAUGCAACAACUGCGGUUCCUCGUGCUCUGAUGAGUACCCUAGUCAUUGGCUUUGUCACAUCAUUUGCCUUCAUGGUCACGAUGCUAUACUGCACCAGUGAUUUGGAUACUGCGGUAGCAUCAUCUACCGGAGUUCCCAUUUACGAAAUGUGGCAUCAGGCGACACGCUCCCCCUCAGCUGCUACUGUCUUCGUUUGCCUCCUUGUGCUCGCGGCCAUCUUUGCCCUCACUGGUGCUCAGCAAACAGCAUCACGCCUUACCUGGUCGUUGGCGAGAGACCGGGCCCUCAUCGGUAGUCAAUGGAUCGGAGAGUUACAUGAGAGCCUAGAGGUUCCUGUCUGGGCUCUCGUGUUCAACUAUGCCGUUAUGUUCCUCAUCGGAUGCAUCUACUUAGGCUCGUCAUCUGCAUUCAAUGCCUUUAUUGGGACCGGCUUAGUCCUACAACACAUUUCGUACGCUUUCCCGGCAGCCUUGCUGAUGUAUCGCUGCCGAUCGGCGAUCUGGCUGCCAGGUUUACGCCCCUUCAGGUUACCCAGCCCUCUCGGGUGGGCGGCGAAUCUGAUCACAGUCUGCUUCGCGGUGUUGGUGUUGAUCUUCUACGACUUUCCGACUGUGAUGCCGGUUACCGGGAGUAAUAUGAGUGAGUUCGACUACCUGUUCUCUUGUGCUCGGUAG